AUGACCACGGUCACCCGCCAGCCGUGUAAGCGGCAUCUGAUACUUACUUUCCUCUUCGUGUCUUGCAGCUUCAGUUAUCUCGCUGUCGCUGAUGACUUCCGCCCAACGUAUCACUUUUGUCCAGAUGUGAACUGGAUGAAUGAGCCCAACGGCCUGAUUAGAAUAGACUUGGACUGGCACUUAUUCUAUCAACAUAAUCCCGACGGAAACUACUGGGGAAACCUGAGCUGGGGGCACGCAACUAGCACCGAUUUACUUCACUGGAAUUACCAACCGAUCGCCAUUUCAAGCGCAGACGGUAUUCAAGCAUUUACUGGAACCUCCUAUUACGAUAUUUCCAAUAGUUCUGGUUUAGGCACGCCGGAUGGUCUGCCAUAUCUGGCUUUUUUCACCGGCUAUUUCCCGUCAAAUAGAGUGCAAGACCAGCGCCUUGCCUAUAGCUUGGACAAUGGAACAACAUAUACCAAGUUCCAAGGCAAUCCUAUCAUAUCGCAACAGCAAGAGAGUCCCCACGAUAGCACUGGAGGAUUAGAGAGCCGUGAUCCAAAAGUCUUCUUCCACGAAUCAACCGGUCAAUGGGUUAUGGUCCUCGCACAUGGAGGACAAAACAAAGUGACGUUCUGGACAUCGCCAGAUACGAAGUCCUGGACCUGGCAGAGUGAUUUCACAUCGAGCAGUAUUUCGGGACUGCCAUCUGGUAUUACUGGUUGGGAGGUACCUGACUUUUUCGAACUGCCAAUUCAAGGAACAGCAUCGUCAACAGCCUGGGUUUUGAUGUUGACUCCUGCUAAUGGGUCUCCAGCUGGUGGCAAUGGUGUUCUUGCAUUCACCGGUUCGUUCGAUGGUAGGGUAUUUACCGCCAAUUUAGUUGAUCCAAAUAAUCUGUGGCUGGAUUACGGACGGGACUGGGAUGGAGCCAUGAGCUGGGAGAACGUCCCUGCGUCUGACGGGCGUAGGGUAGUUGCCGCUGUGAUGAACAGCUAUGGCACUAAUCCCCCAACCAGCACGUGGAAAGGAAUGCUUUCCUUCCCUCGCACGCUUACGGUCCAGCAAUUCAACGGGACACUACGAUUUCUCCAGCAACCGGUGAUAGAGUUACACACGGUUAGUGGGUUGCUCGUGGACAUUGCCAAUAAAACCAUUUCACCCGGGCAAACGCUUCUGUCAACGACCAAUGGAAUAGCGCUGGAUAUCACGAUGUCCUUUAUACCAACCGCAGGUUCCACGCUCUCUUUAGCUGUCCGCAAAGGAGGAUCUGAACAGACGUUUGUAAAUUACACGCAGUCAAGCGCACAAAUGUCAGUGGAUCGAAAUUUAAGCGGUGAUAUCUCAUACGACCCGAAUGCAGGCGGUGUUCACGUUGCAAAGUUACAACCCGAUGCCACUGGAGCUGUUCAACUCCGAGUACUUGUGGAUACAUGUUCGCUGGAGGUUUAUGGUGGACAAGGUGAGGCUGUGAUCUCGGACCUGAUUUUCCCCAGUUCUACAUCCGAUGGCCUUGCCUUGACCGCAAGCGGGGGAGACCUCUAUCUGCAGUCAGUCCAAGUCCGCGAGGUUGCACUUUAG